AUCAGCUUGUCACCUUCCCGCCCGUGCCCGAGCAGAACACCGGAACAGAGCGAGCGAACACAAGCUAAUACCCAUGGCCCAGGGAAGCGAUGCCGCCGCGUGCCGCUGCAGUCUGCCCCUGCUGCCACUGCCACCGCGGCGCCUCCUCCUCGUCGUCCUCGUCGCCAUGCUCACCGUGGUUUUGGUGGCGCCGCCUUCGGCGAGGGCGGCGUGGGUGGAGGACUACCCGUCGGGGGUGCCGUGCGGGGCGACGAUCCCGGUGGAGCAGUGCGACCCGGGGGACGCGGCGGCCAACAGCGCCUGCAUGGACGUGUGCCACUACGGCGGGUGCCGCCGCGGCGGCCGCUGCGUGUCGCUCGGCUUCGCCAGGGGACGCGGCUGCCAUUGCAGGUGCUAGCCUGCCGCGCGGCAGCUUCCAUGUUCUUGCACUUCGCCAGCGGUUCUUCCCGGCCUUUUUUCCCCUCUGUGUGUGUUUGAGUGGUACGAUCUGUGCAAUAUUGCGUUGGGUGUUUUCACCUGCGCAGUCGGUGGCUUUUGUUU